AUGACAGCAGUAAAUCGCAUCGGCAUGGAUUCGACCACAGCCGAUGUUUCAUCAUCAUUAUGGCGUGCUGCCGAUACUUCAUCAUUCGAUGGAAGUUUUAUCUCAUCAUGGCGGGAUCAUCCACAUCCUCAUGAAUAUACACAUUUUCGUUUUUCUGAUCCUCAUCAUCAUUAUGAUCCAACAUCUUCCUAUUAUUCUGAUGCAGCUACUGCAGCUGCAGCUCUCGAUUCCUAUACACAAUCAACUGCAUCUUAUUCACCUUAUAUGGUACAUCAUCAUCAUCACCAUUCACCUUCAGCCACAACAACAUCAGCAACACCAUCAACUACUAAUUCAUCAUUAGUUAAACCUGAAACAGCUGCUGCUGCAGCUUUGCAAUCAGCGUUAAGUCUAUCAGCACCAAUGAAUGUUAAUGUUUCAAUGAAUUUUAAUUCUCAUAAUGUUCAAUAUAAUUCUGGUUAUGGUGCAAAUGUUAAUUCUUCAACAAAUUUUAGUAAUUCACCUUACGAAACAUUUUAUAAUCCAUCAGGUCCAACACAUUAUCCAUUUACUAAUCAUUCACCUGAAAUCAAAUCAAAUCGUUCAUCAUCUUAUUUACAAUCCGAUCCUGUUGCAACCAAACAAGCUAUGCUUUUAUCAGCAGCUGCUAAUUACGAUUAUAAAGAUCUAUCAAAAUUAUGUGAUUUUUUUCCAACAUCAACACCAAUGAAUUCUAAUGAAAAACGAACCCAUUGGUCCACACCUAAAUCAUCAACAAAUCUAAAAAAUAACGAAGGACGGAUAAAUCGUUGUCGGAUAUGUGGAAAAAUCUAUGCAAGACCAAGUACUCUCAAAACUCAUUUACGUACACAUUCGGGUGAAAAACCAUAUAAGUGUGAUAAAUGUUCAAAAGCAUUUACACAAGCUGCAAAUUUGACUGCACAUUUACGUACACAUUCAGGUGAAAAACCAUUUUCAUGUGAUAUAUGUGCAAGAAAAUUUUCUCAAAGUUCAUCAGUAACAACACAUAUGAGAACACAUUCUGGUGAACGACCGUAUCAAUGUAAAUAUUGUCGAAAAGCGUUUUCGGAUAGUUCAACAUUAACAAAACAUAUGCGAGUACAUAGUGGAGAAAAACCUUAUGAAUGUUCAUUAUGUCGUCUUCGUUUUUCUCAAUCAGGAAAUCUUAAUCGACAUAUGAGAAUACAUAUGAAUGGUGGAAGUCAUCAUACAAAAUAA